AUGGAACCUAACGCCCACUUCGAAGAAGGGCGCAAAACGGUGGUAGAGACCGAUGCUUCCUGCUACGGUGCGGGUUCAGAUGCCAGGGAAGGCCAUGCUCGACCAAGUGAUUUCAUGGCCUGGUGUAAUCUGGACAAGGGUUAUGCGCGUCAGCUCACGCCCUGGGGCAGUCAGACUGUUGUGAAGCCUCUGGGCCCGUUAAAGGACCGCCCGGAACUGGCCAAGGCUAUGUAUGGCUCGAGCGGGCUGGUCGAAAUCAAAUAUGCAGAAAGUAUUGGGAGAGAACUGGCUAAAUUACUUGGAGAAGAUAAUUGGCGAGUGACCUAUUUGAAAUGCCAGCAAAUUUUGUGUUAA